CCUCCUCCGAGCGCGCGGGGACCGGGCCCCGGCUUCCCGGGCUGGGGCGAGUCGGGGCGGGGAGUUCCCGUUUCGGGGGGCGGGGGCCGAGGUUUCCGGGGGCGCCUCCCGGUGCCGAGACUGGAGACGGGGCAGAUAGUGAAGUCCCAUGAAGAAAAGAAUGGAUUGCAUACAAGUUCUUCUCUGAGCGUUCGUGCCACCAGUGUGCGGGGCUGCUGUGCAGCGGGGGAAGAUGGCAACGCCCUAUGUCCCCGUCCCCAUGCCUCUGGGCAACUCUGCGUCCAGCUUUACAGCCAACAGAAACCAAAGAAGUUCUUCUUUUGGGAGCAUCUCAACCAGCUCAGCCUCUUCCAAAGGCCAGCUGGAGGACUCGAAUUUUAGACAGACAAGUGUCCCUUACCCAAUGGAUGCCACAGCAUCCGCCUCUAGCAGCCCCCUCAUUAGGACUAAGUUCACAGGUACAAAUUCUUCCAUUGAGUAUUCUGCUAGACCAAAAGAAAACGAAGAGCAAAAUCCUGAACCAGUGAACUGGGAAAACAGACCUUCAACACCGACGAUACUGGGUUACGAAGUGAUGGAAGAAAGAGCUAAAUUUACUGUUUAUAAAAUACUCGUAAGGAGAACACCUGAGGAAAGCUGGGUAGUUUUCAGGAGAUACACCGACUUCUCUAGACUUAACGACAAAUUAAAAGAUAUGUUUCCAGGCUUUCGAUUAGCGCUUCCACCAAAACGCUGGUUUAAAGAUAAUUACAACGCCGACUUUUUAGAAGAUAGACAAUUAGGAUUACAAGCGUUUCUUCAAAAUUUAAUAGCUCAUAAGGACAUUGCUAACUGCCUUGCAGUGAGAGAGUUCCUUUGUCUGGAUGACCCACCAGGUCCAUUUGACAGCCUGGAAGAAAGCAGGGCUUUUUGUGAAACUUUAGAAGAGACGAACUACCGUUUACAGAAGGAACUCCUUGAAAAACAAAAAGAAGUGGAAUCGCUGAAGAAACUACUCAGCGAGAAGCAGCUUUUCUUAGACACGCUGCAGAGCAGGUUCAGAACACUCUCCUUAGAUCCGGCAGGGUCACUGCACAUGUACAAGGCAGAAGACGGGCCUGACCGGAAGGUGGAGUGCACUGCGUCCGAGGGGGAUCGAGAGGCCUUGGAGGAAGAACCUCGAGUUGGUAAUAAGACACACUUAAGUUUUAGUGAACCUGAAAAUUCCGUAUCAGAGAUAGAAGUCGCAGAAGUGGCAUAUAAUGCUGAAGAAGACUGAAGCGUCACGAGCAGUUCUGUACAUGUCUGUCUUAUCAGCUUUAGAAUAGAGUGGCAAAUAUUUCGUCUUUGUUCCCAUUCCAGAGUGGCAGAAAUUUAAAAUUUUAAAACAGACUGAAACAUUUACUGAAAACAGUAAGAAUGCACAUGUAUAAAGUUUACAUACAGUUUAAGUUAUUGUAAUAAGAAAUAUAUUCACUGCUGCUUAAGAUGAUCCUUUAGCCAACUGUUGUACUUAAUAUACUAAAAAAGUCCUAGUUAGGAAUUCUGUUAUCAAGCUCCACGUUCUUGAAUAUUGUGCGUAAGUUAUUGUGGCGUUUGGGACCGUGGAUUGCUCCCAAGUAACAUGGCUGUGAGUGUGGUGGCUCGAGUGUUGUGUGCGUGUAUCCGGGUCUGUCCUGUGACUCAAGUGAAAAUUGCAUGUUACUGCCUGGUUGGUGGAUCCUUUGCUCUUUGACAUGAUGUUUUCACUUUUGUUUGAAUCGGUGGUUGAAAGUUGAAUUUAAAAUAAUAACCUGCUUAUUUUGUAUUUUAAUAAAAAUGGCUUAUUUGGAGUGCUAUGCUAUUGAAAAAAGGAAACUUUCUAGUACCAACCAAAGGGAAACUAUUCAAAAAAGAUAGAAGAAUAAUGAAACUGAUAGCUUUCAUUUUAAAAGCUAAUUCAUUGAUAGCCAGAGACUGUAUAAUAACUACUGUCCCAGCUUCUUAUGUAUUUUCCUUCUGCAUUUACCUUAAAUCUCCACUUAGAAUUGGUGAGUUUGCCUCUCAGAACACUACCUCUUUUUGCUAAUCAAGGCAUACCCUUUGGGAAAUAGACCAUAAGUUCUAGGCAAACACUAAACAAAAAUCUUAAUAAAAAAGCCAUAUUACUACAAAGUUCCUAACUGUGUUGACUCCUGGCAUUACAUUAUUCCUUUACAUGUGGCUAAUUUUCUGUAGUGUAAUCGGGCUGAUGUUCUUUUUAACACAUUUAACUUUAUAAAAUUAUAUAUGAUGCACUUUAUAAGAGUAAAGUGUUUUGUGCCAAGUGUCAUUGGUGAAUUAAUUUCCUUAAUAAUUGGAGCUAGGAAAAAGAAAUUAUACAGUGCCUUUACUAUUUCACUUUCUGAAAAAGUCUCCUAGGAUCUGUGAGUCAGCUUCAUUUUUAAAAAUGUUUCUAUCUGCUUUGUACUCGGUUGUUUAAAAAGCCCUGUUUCAUUUUUAUCUUCUUGCCACUGUUUUGUCUGGGUCUUUUGGUGGAGGUCCUCCAGCAGUGCGUGGGGACCAGGCCGGAGCGUGUUUUUAUGCUGCCUUUGGUCCCCAGCACCAUAUCCUCUGAGCCGCCAGGAGUGACCCUGAGCACAGAGCCAGGAGCAAUUCCAGAACACUGUACCCUUUGCCCCCGCAAAGAAAGAAGUGCUUAGGGGCCAGCCCUUGGCUUCUCAUGGCAGUGCUCAGCAAACCAGGUCACCGUCCACAGCGGCCACCCUCGCUGUGGUCCAGAGCUGCCAGAACCACACCCAGUCGGGCUGCUGUGACUGCGGCUCAGACUCUGCAAGGCAAGGCAUGUGCCGCCGACCGCUGGCCUCUCCCCAGCCCUGUUUCUACUGUUUUGCGUAUUUGUUAUGAAGCGUUGUAAAUGCGCUGCCAUUUUUAAUGCAGUUACAUUGAACUGCACAGGCGUUCCACCUGCUAAGGUACACUUCCCGGAGAACAGGCAUGACAAUCUCCAUUAUUUAUUUUUUUUCUUUAUUAGCUAAAUGUUUAUCAGUAUUUGUUACCCAUUCUAGGAUGUCGUUGUUUAAAAUCCUGCUGACAGAUUAACAGACCCAGCGACUAUGAUUUAGCUUUUGAUCUAGAAAAGGACACUUUUUUUUUUACCGAAAAGUACCAAAAAUUAAGUCUUUAUCGAAAUGUAUAGGAAAUGUAUAGGGCCGUGAAGAGUGCUCAAGUGGUAGAGCACAUGUCUAGGAUGUGAGACACCCUGAGUUCGAGCCUCGCACUGCUCAGCCCCCCGCCAGCGCCCCCCAGACACCAGCGGUGGUGCCCGGGCACUGCCCAGCCUAGCCCAGCCCUGCACCCAGCCCGGCACACGCGCUGACCCGUCUCCUGGUCUGCUGGGCCGGGCGUCACCGGGGAAUUGUCUUCAGAUGUCCUGAGCCCAGCUGCGUGCAGCCUCUGUCAAAAACAGGCAGGUACAAUAAAUCUCCCAGAAUAUUUUCCACAAAGUGGAAAUAUGUAUUAGAGAUGUGGUUUCUGUCCUGAGAGACAGAAAGAAUGUAAUAAACUGAACAGCUCACUCACUUAAAAAUACUCUCCUAGACUUUUAAAGUAAUUUAAAAGAACAGUCAUUUAAAUAAAUUGGUUAUUUUUCACCUAAUAGAGCAAGGUGAUUUUUGCUAAAAUUCAGAUAUAGUGCUACUUUUUUUUUUCUUACAUGGACCACACAUCUUCAAAACCGGGCCCCUUAGAAUAAAACAAGGCUAUACAAUUAACAGGCAAAACCACUAUGAUAUAUAUUUAGGAUUUUUCCACUUUUAUAAUUAAUUUAAUUCCCAGUAUUAUAUUCAUUUAAUAAAUUGCCUUUUCAGAUAUUGAAUAGUACUUUCCCUCUGAUAUCUCUCUUCUUCCUACUUAAAUGAUAAUUGUAAAUUUAAGUUAACUGCUACAUUUUGCAGAUGUAUGUGGAAUAAGUUUGGUUCUCUUGCUUGCACUUUAUAUAUAUAUUACUAAUCAUUUUAAGUCUUUGUGAGAUGGUGCAGUGUACUUCAAUAUGUAACCAAUGUUAAUAAAAAAUUGAAAUGUU